AGCGGUGGGGAAGCCACCAGUGGUAGAGCUGGCAAAGACGGAAAAGAGGGAAAGAUAGAGGAGAUAGACAAGAGACGGAGAGGAAACGGGAACACAGCCCGAGACAGAGCGUUUCACCUCGUUUCACCGUCCGCCACCACACGCCACUUUAACCCCUGACAGCAGCAGAAUAACUGAAGAGUGUAUGUGACUGGCCUUUUUUUCCCUUCUUCUCUUUUCUUUUUUUUUCCACACAGACGUUAUUUCACAACCGAGGGCAGGGACGUUAACACAGCCGCAGUGAUCCCAUCAUCCAAGCCCUUGUUGACUGCCUCGCUUGCUUUAUCCAGAGGGAUGCCCUAUUGAUUCCUACUUUCUAACAAAGCCCAUGGAUUACAGCAAGGGUGUUGAAAAGGCCUUGAUCACAGCUGCAUCACCACUAUGACAUAUUUCAAGUCAAAAAGAGCCCAAGUUGAAGACUGACUGAUUUUUUUUGUGGGGGACAUCCAUCUUACUUUUUUUUUUUCUUUUAAUUUUGAGCAUGUUUUUCUUUGAUUAAGUUGAUUUACUUGUUCGAUCACACACACAUCUCUGUAGUGCACGCCACUCUUCCUGUCACCAUGUACGGCAGUUCCCGUUCCGUCUCAAAGCUGGAUGUUGUUGGAUCCAAUGGGAAUGGGUCAGCAUCUGGGAGUCCCGGUCGCUCCCCACGGCUGCCUCGCUCCCCACGUUUAGGACAUCGGCGAAACAGCAGCAGCAGCUCCACUGGAGGACUUACAGGCACUGGUAAAACCUUAUCCAUGGAGAAUAUUCAGUCUAUUAAUGCUGCCUAUGCAACUGGUGCCAUGUACUUCACUGACACAGCUGAAGACCCGGUCGGCGUUGGGAGUCUGAGCAGUGGGUUGAAUCCCUCGCUGCCCAAAAGCACCAUGACCCUGGGGAGGGCUGGGGCCAGGGUCCCCUAUGGGGUCAGAGCGGCUGUAAUGGGGAGUAGUCCUAAUAUAAACUCUGGAGGAGGAGGAGGUGGAAGUGGAGCGCUUGUACCCAGUGAUGCAAUAGCGUUCGGUGGGGAAAUGCAAAACCAGUCUCCACAGGCGGCUACUGUGCCUCACUCUAUGAGACAGGUGAGAGAAGGUGCAAUGUCAGACCUUCAGACUCAGUUGAGAGAAGUGCUGAGGGAGAACGAACUGCUGCGCAGAGACCUAGAGGCCAAAGAGUCCAAGUUGAGUUCUUCUAUGAACUCCAUUAAGACGUUCUGGAGUCCAGAGCUGAAGAAAGAGAGAGCGCUGAGGAAGGAUGAGGCCACAAAGAUGGCUGUCUGGAAGGAACAGUACAGAGUCGUACAGGAAGAGACACAGCAUCUUCAGUGCACCAUCCAGGCUUUGCAAGAUGAGCUCAGAAUCCAGCGCGAUCUCAACCAGCUCUUCCAAUCCGAUUACUCCGGCCUCGGAAGCCAGCCCAUUUCCCCUCAAGAAAUGACAGAGGAGAACUUCUUGCGCCUCCAUGCCGAGUAUGAGAGGCAAGCCAAAGAGCUCUUCCUCCUGAGGAAGACUGUUGAAGAAAUGGAGUUGAGGAUAGACACACAGAAACACACACUAACUGCCAGGGACGAGUCAAUCAAGAAGUUACUGGAAAUGUUGCAGAGUAAAGGCCUGUCAUCUCGGGCAACCGAGGAGGAUCAUGAGCGAACGAGGCGACUCGCCGAUGCUGAGAUGACCAUCCACCAAUUGGAGGGUCUGCUUGAGCAAAAAGACAAGGAGAUGCUACAACUCAGAGAGGAGCUGCACAGGAGAUACGAAGCAGCUCCAGAAUCAACAAAGACCAAGGCCCUGCAGACAGUCAUUGAAAUGAAGGAUGCAAAAAUCAGCUCUUUGGAGCGUGGCAUGAGAGAGCUGGAAGAGGAGGUGAUGAUGCUGAAAUCCAAUGGCGCUCUGAGCAGUGAAGAGAGGGAGGAGGAGAUCAAACAGAUGGAGGUCUACAGAUCCCACUCCAAGUUCAUGAAAAACAAGGUUGAGCAGCUGAAGGAAGAGCUAACUCACAGCGAGUCAGAGAAGGAGGAACUAAGGCAACGAGCCAAUGAGCUUCAGCAGGAGGUGUCUGCAAUGGAACAGGCCAAGCAAGACCUGAGCCGUAAGGACAGCGAGCUGCUGGCUCUCAGGACCAAACUGGACACUCUGAACAAUCAGUUUUCUGACAGCAAACAACAUGUGGAUGUACUCAAAGAGUCCCUAACCGCCAAGGAACAGAGAGCUGCCAUACUACAGACUGAGGUGGAUGCCUUGCGUCUCCGACUGGAGGAAAAGGAGUCGCUCCUCUCUAAAAAGAGUCAGCAGAUAUCAGAGCUGACGGAGGAGAAAAGCACUCAGCAAGGAGAGAUCACUGACCUCAAAGACAUGAUGGACGUCAAGGAACGCAAAGUUAAUGUUCUACAGAAGAAGAUAGAGAACCUCCAGGAUCAACUGAGGGAUAAAGAAAAACAGCUGAGUGGCUUGAAAGACAGAGUCAAGUCUCUGCAGACAGACACCUCAAACACAGACACUGCACUGGGAACGCUGGAGGAGGCUCUGGCUGAGAAGGAGCGAAUCAUCGAGCGGUUGAAGGAGCAGCGGGAAAGGGAGGAGAGGGAAAAGGGGGAGGAAGUGGAGACCAGCAAGAAGGAGCUGAAAGAGCUGAGGGAGAAAGUCUCCCAGCUGCAGGCUGAACUGGCUGACCGUGAGACAUCAGUGUUGGAUCUCAAGGAGAAGGCUUCCUCUUUGGCCUCCUCGACUCUCAAGAAGGAAAACAGGCUGAAAAGUUUGGAAAUAAAUCUGGAGCAGAAGAAAGAGGAGUGCAUCAAGCUGGAGAACCAACUAAAGAAGGCUCAGAGUGCAGCGGCAGAGUCUCAGGCCAACGCUGAACUCUCUGAGCGGAUCUCCAGCCUUGAGCAGGAAGUGACCCGGUGCAAAGAGGAGGCUGGGAAGGCCCAAUCUGAGGUGGAACGACUUCUCGAGAUCCUCAGGGAGAUGGAGAAUGAAAAGAAUGACAAGGAGAAAAAGAUUCAUGAACUAGAGAGUCUUGCCUCAAGACAGAUGAAGGACCAAUCAAAGAAGGUGGCCAACCUGAAGCACAAGGAGCAGCUGGAAAAGAGCAGGAAUGCCCAGCUGAUGGAAGAGGCCAAGAAGAGAGAGGACAAUCUGAACGAAAGCUCGCUGCAGAUAAAGGACUCUCUCCGUCAGAAGGAGGAGCGCAUUGAGGAGCUGGAGGAAGCGCUGAGAGAAAGCGUUCAGAUCACAGCCGAGAGGGAGGUGGUGCUCGCCCAGGAGGAGCAGGCACGCACACAGGCCGAGAAGCAACUCUCUCACAUUCCAAUGCAUGAGUUCACCACAAGCGGAUUUAGGUGGUCAAAGGUGGAGGACCUGCUGGUUGCUAUGGAGAAGGUGAAACAGGAACUGGAGGUGAUGAAAGCCAAGCUGUCAUCAACUCAACUCUCACUGGCUGAGAAGGAAGGUCACCUGACUUCGCUGCGGGCAGAGAGGCGGAAGCACCUGGAAGAGGUCCUGGAGAUGAAGCAAGAGGCACUACUGGCAGCGAUAAGUGAGAAAGACGCCAAUAUCGCCCUGCUGGAGCUCUCCUCGUCCAAGAAGAAGAAAACCCAGGAAGAGGUCGCAGCUCUGAAGAGGGAGAAGGAUAGUCUGGUUCAACAGCUCAAACAGCAGACGCAGAACAGGAUGAAGCUGAUGGCGGACAACUAUGAGGACGAUCAUUUGAAGGUUUCAUCCCCAAACUCAGAGCAGCCCAACAAUCACAAACCCUCCCCAGACCAGAGUCUUUCUCCUCUCCUGGAUCUUAAUCAGAAUCGCAGUAAGCUGAAGCUGUACAUCAGUCACCUGACCUCACUGUGUCAGGAGCGAGACCCAAUCAUAUUGCAAGAUUUUGCCCCGCCCCCCGCCUAUCACCGCUCUGACUCCGCCUCUUGGCAUACGCAGCUGCACAGCAUGACGCAGGAACAGUUGGAGGCGGAGUUAGCACUGUGUGAGAGGGAGGGGGCGGAGCUCCAGGAGUACGCCAAUCAAGUCCUGCAGCAGAUCGCCGACCGAUGCCCUGACAUUUUAGAGCAAGUUGUCAACGCCUUGGAGGACAGCUGCUGACACACUAAUGCACACACACUGGCAGAAAAUGAUUAAAAAAAAGCUUACAUUCAAACAUUUAGUUGUAUGUAAAGUCAGAAGGCAAACAUUUAACACAGCUUGGCCCCAUAAUUCCCCGAUGCACAAAUAAAAUUAGUGCUGCACAUGAAUAGGAAUACGUUCCCAGCCUUCACAGAAAAGAGGAACUAAGACAAAAAAUCUAAUUAUUACUGAAAACUGGGCUUUAGUUGCUUUAAUUUUCUGUUUAAAGCACUAUAUCAGCAUGCAAGUCAGCUAGAAAUAAUUGGUAAACUUCACUUAUUUACAUUACUACCCCAACACAGAAAGAGCCCUCACUGCACUGGCCAUACGCGACACCUUAUAGCGAGCUUCCCAUGUCCUGGGAUUCAACGGGAGGAUUUGUAUUCGUGACUUGGGGCAAAAAGUAUUUUCAAACCUUAACAAAAAGUUGAACAUAAGCUGAGCUUGCCAGGUUCUUACACGCUGUUGCCACAUUAUUGUAUUAGUUCAGAUUCAAAAAUAUGUUUAUUUCAACUGCCUUUGGCUCUUUACAUCAUUUGCUGCUAUCUUUGUAAUUUUUAGGUUCCUUUUUUUCCAAUUUCUUUGUUUUUGUCUGAUGAAAUGUCCUAACAUGCAGUUUCUUUCAGCAGUAUUCUCUAGAUAGUUGUGUAAAUUGUAAAGGGAGCGGUUUAAUUAACACAUACACAACUUUCGUCAGGGGUAACAUGACACUUUAAUCUAUUGUUUCCCAUUAUUGAUGAAAGGUACAAACUACAGUAAAUAACUCGCAAAACUCCCUUUAUGAAGACACACUGGCAUGGAUGGUCUGACUUUCUGUUUCACCACUGAAAAUCACACGUCUCCUUCAUUUAUGGCGCCCAUGCCGAAAUUAGGUUCAGAUAAGAAAACCCCUUUUAUGACAAUCCCUUUAGCGUUAACAUGAGGUGUCAAGUCUGAACUUUACUCUUUACCUUUAGUGAAACAUCUUUUUUUCUUUGUUUGGGGAGGGGAGAAAAUAUAAAGUAAAUGUUAUAUAUAUUUUUUUGCUUUUGGUAAUAUAUAUUAAACACUAAUCUUGUUUAACUGAAAGUGCCGUCAUCUGUUGGUUGGUAUGCUAGCAUAUGGUAAUGCGUCGAAGUCUUUUUUUUUUUUUCUUGGACACUGUUAUUGGGAACGUGUAUUGCACCUACAGAAGGCUUUGUGUCCACCGGGAAUAUUUUCUCAGACUCAGUUUCUUGUUCUUGUUGUCUACAGUGGAAAUGACACUGCAUGUCUCCCACAGCGCUGACAGCCUUAGCAUGAUUUAAACUUUUACGGCAGUGAGCACUAGAGGUUCAAUUUGUUUCAGCUUGAAGCAAAAUUUCCUUCUUUUUUUUCCCCACCAUUAUUUUGUAUUGAGUGAUGAGGCCAUGACGGGAACUGUUUAGCGCUGCUUCCUGGUAAGAAACACCUGGUGGACACAAACUCUAAAGACACAGAUUCACAUUACGCUCUCAAAUCUGACUGGGAUGCUCACGAGAAAAAAGGAAAAAACAGCUUUUGUUUGUUGGCACCUGAGCAGCGUUUUAAAAAGCUUAAAGUCACACGGGUGCAAACGAGAAGCUUCAUUUCAAAGAUGCCUGAAAUCUCACACUGCUUUGGGUUGAAGGUUCCUCAGAUGUCUUUUUUUUUGUGGUUGUAUGUUUUAAGAGGGGGACCCCAGCAGAUCUGAGUGUGUUGUAAGUUCAGUAUUUGUUGUCUGUUUUAUACUGAUAAUGUUUGUCACUGGGGGUGAUGAUGACUGGGACUCACUUUAAAUUUCUUGUGGAUUAAAAAUCAGAAUGAGAGAGAAUGUAAUAAAAUAUGGAUUUAUCUUUAUUUCUCAUCUCAUG